UUUACUUGUCAAAAUAGCAAAUUUUCAUUCGGACUAGGAAUCGACUGAAAAUAUGUCUGCUAUUCUAAAUCACGCAAUUCGUCGCCAAUUUGGCGCUACCGCCACCCGGAAUAUGUCCGGCACCGCCGCCGUGGCUGGCGAGCACUCCGGUGGUUACAAGGUGUGGAAGCGCCUGUCCUUCUUCGUGGCCGUUCCCGCCGUCGGUCUGUGCAUGCUGAAUGCCUACCUGAAGCACCAGGAGGAGCAUGAUAAGCCCCGCCAGGAGUUCGUCAAGUACGACUACCUGCGCCGCCGCGAGAAGCGCUUCCCAUGGGGCGAGGGCCAGAAGAGUCUGUUCCACAACCCCCAUGUCAACCCUCUGCCCGACGGCUACGAGCACUAGGUGGCCACCGCCUCCGAUCCGGAGAUGCAUUCGUUAUUUGGUAGUGAUAAACGUUAAUGUAAACUGAAUAUUAGGCGGAAAUACACAGACACACUGAGAAAACAACCAUAACUUAAACUCCAGUUGGCGCUUCAAUAAAGAUCAAACCAGAGCGAGGA